AAAAAACAACAACCCCAAAAAAAACAACAAAUGAGCUCUUAUUUUGUAAACGCAUUCUGCGGUCGUUAUCCUAAUGGCCCGGAUUACCAGUUACAUAAUUAUGGAGAUCAUAGCUCGGUGAACGAGCAAUACAGAGAUUCGGCGACCAUGCAUUCCAGCAGGUACGGCUACGGCUACAAUGGGAUGGAUCUUAGCACUGGGCGCUCGACCUCGAACCACUUUGGCGCUGGUGAAAGUGCUCCCAGCUAUGCAUCUAGUGCAACAACAGCAUCUGCAGAAACCAGGUACAACCAACCUGCAACAGCAUCCCACUCGCCUCCACCUGACCCACUACCUUGUUCUACCGUUGCCAGCUCGCCUGUAAGCGAGCCUCGCCGCGCUGUAAAAAACUCCAUAGCUAGCCCCACUACCUCUUCCUCCACUCCUAACAGCAGCAGCAGCAGCACUCACUUAUGCAGAGAUGGGCUUGGAAAGUCGUCUGGUACUGAGGAUGACACUCCGGCAAGCAGCGGCCAGACAAGUUCACAGAACGGGCAAAAUGCAUCGGAAUCAUCACAACCCCAGAUAUACCCUUGGAUGAGAAAGCUACACAUGAGUCACGACUCCAUGGCCGGACCAGAAGGGAAACGAGCUCGGACCGCCUAUACGAGAUACCAGACCUUGGAGCUCGAGAAAGAAUUCCACUUCAAUCGGUACCUGACGCGGAGACGGAGGAUCGAAAUCGCACAUGCUCUGUGCCUCUCUGAGAGACAAAUUAAAAUCUGGUUCCAAAAUAGGAGAAUGAAGUGGAAAAAAGAUAAUAAGCUGAAAAGCAUGAGCAUGGCAGCUGCAGGAGGCGUCUAUCGCCCUUAAUUUCAAAGCACUUCACAAAGUACUGGCAAUGGAAGAUGGACUAUUACCCUAAAAUCAGUACUAUAGAGACUUCCCAAACACUUGUGUACUUCUCUGAGAAUAGAAGAACACAUUAUAAUAACACCAUCCAGUCUUUUAAACAUGUGACCUGUUUAUGAUCGUAUAAUAAUGCUUGUAUGAGUAGACUUGCUUUCUGUAAAUGUUUUGUCUUGAAUCUGCAUCGUCUUAACACAAAAAGUAGAUGUUUUAACUUAUUUACUGUAACGCAGAAAGAAAGCGUGUGUUACUUGAAGUAACAGAAAAAAAACAGUUUAGUAUAAUUGUUAUGUGUUGCACUCGAACUGCAAAAUUGUGUACGUGUCUGUGUUGUAUGCUUAAAUGUCUAAAUAGCUCCAAGCUGUAAGAAAAAAAGAGACUUUAGUUUCAAACUACCUGUUUUCUUUGUUACCGAUGCUAUCGUUAUUUUAAAUAUUGCAAUACUACCUAUCUUGUAAUAGUGUAAAUGUAGUGCGUUGUGACCACGUUAAGGAACUAUGAUUUCAAAAACAGUAUGUCCUUGCUGUGCCUUUGUAUGACUCUUUGCACGAACUCCAGUAAGUUGUUCUUAAAAGCGCAUCUACAGUAAUGUUUUUUUUCUGUGUGAAAAAAGAGUAUUCAGUAUAGUCCAAGUUUGGCUGUCUGUACAUAUCGUAAUAAGCUUUUGUAUUUGUUUUUAAGAUUGACUGGAAAUUAAAAAAAAAAAAAUCUAACGAAAAUAAACUUUC